AUGGUUCAGAUUGUCCUGCUUGGAUAUAGCCUAGGCACUGCAGCUGUUUCUGAUUUGGCUGCCAGCAACCCGAAAGGCGUCGUGGGCGUCGUUCUCGUCGCUCCGUUCACUAGUGGACUUCGUCUCUACAACGGACAACCAGAAAAGGAAACAACUAGUAAGCUGGAUAAAUUUACCACGAUCGAAAAAGUCGCACGGAUCAAGGUGCCGCUAUUAGUGUGCCAUGGACGUCGUGAUGAUGCAAUCAGUGUAGAGCAUGGUCUAGAAAUCGAAAAACGUGCUCCACGAGCUGUGCCCUCUUUAAUUUUGCCAGAGGCCAAUCACUUGACAGUGUUCACUGCGAAGUGUCCGGAAACAUUCAAGCGGAUACGACAGUAA